AUGUCUGCUCCCCAGCUUCCAGGAUAUUACUACGACCCGGUCAAGAAGAAGUACUUCAAGAUCGAGGCCGGCCAUGACGCACUGCCAGGUGCAAGCAUCACUCAGCAACACGUUAACGCAAAGAACGCCAAAGUGAAGAAAUUGACCAAGGCGGAAAAGUGGAAGAAACGCUGCGAGACUGAAUUGAUCAAGAGGUCCUCCGUAAUGCAAAUGCCCACAAUCACAAUCAACCGUGAGAUAGAUUCUCGCAACUCUACUGCAGCUUAUCAGUCCAAUGUUCAGGCCCUCACCCAGGCCCGAAUGCUGAAAUACAGUUGGCACAUGGACUACUCCACGCAUAUCGGUCAGGGCGCACCAGAAAAUGAUUCUUUCACUGUGAAAUCAGUCAUGCGGGACCCACGUACUGGAAUAUUGGUUGCUGGCCUAUCAUACAAUCAACAAUCCAGCAUAUUAGUCACUUACCCUCGUUUCUCCGAGACGGACGGGAAAUGGGUUUAUCGCCAUCAUGACCAGAAAGAAUUGAUCGAUGCACCAUACGAUCUCUCAUCAUUGACUCUCAGUCCCACCCGCCACCUUCUCUCGACCUUCAAUAGUGGUAGUCCACUAGGCGAUACCUUCAUAUCUAUCACGAAGCUCAUGGACCCAGAUGAAAAUGGCAGCUUCCAAGGAUUCCCAUACCCCUCCUACCGCAAAAAUGAGCGAAGGACCUCAUUCUGGGCCUCAGCGGCUGAGCCCACCCUAACAAACCACGCUCGAUUCGCCAUCGGUACAAGUCGUGGCGUCCAGAUCAUCGACGCAUCCCAAAACACUUGGCAUAUGGAGAAGGUAGCUUUCUCCGAUAGAAACGCACCAGCAGGUAGCACUACAGAGACCAGGUCCUCGGCAAACGCCGUGGACUGGUUGAAUCCAAUCACCAUCGUCGCCGGCAUGCGAAGCAGGGCGGUCGUUGUCUGCGACCUUCGCACCCAAACCAGCAGCUUCAAGCUGCGACACGACCGCCCUGUCUUCGAGGUGAAGAAGGUCGAUGACUAUCGCGUAGUUGCAGCUGGCCCAAACUCGUUGAAAAUGUACGACCUGCGCUGGGCGCCCGACGAGGGGCAGGCCACACGGCCAUACCUGCCCUUCCCACAAUACAUCGGAAUGGACAUCCCUCGCUUCGACCUGAAUAGCGAGCUCGGUCUGCUGGUAGCUCUCAACCAGAGCGAGCAGGUGCAGGAUGAUGUGCUGGACACAUACUCGCUCCGCACCGGACGGCGGGCUGGGGGAGUACUCCCACGGCGGAACUUCCACUCCAGCUCGCCCCUAUCGGUCACCUUCGACAGGGGGUGCGACCUUCCGGAGUGGCGUGGUCCCCGUGCCCCCAGCCUGCUGUUUGGUGCGGAUCUGCGGGUUGAGGAGUGGACCUGCCAACCACUCGCCAACCUCGACUCCAAUCCCCUUCGCCAGCUCACCGACCCAGUCUCCAGAAACGUUAACGCACCACUUAUCUCCCGCGUCAGCACUGGUAUUCCCACUGCUACUCGCCAUACCAUUAUGGCUAGCAGCAGGAACGACUAG